GUUUGGAUUUUACGUACCAAGAACGAAUGAUCUCUUGUUUUUCAUAAAAUACUGCUCGUCUUAAACAAAACAAGUCAUCAAAUUCCCCCUUUUGUUUAUUAUAUUAGGAUAACAAUUCCCCUUUUGUUUAUUAUAUUAGGAUAGCAAUUCCCCUUUUAAAAUAGCCAAUUCCCCUCUUGUUUAUUAUAUUAGGAUAGCAAUUCCCCUUUUAAAAUAGCCAAUUCCCCCUUUUGUUUAUUAUAUUAGGAAGUGACUUCAUGUGAAAACACUUACCGUGAAAAGAACUAAAAGAAAAAACAAAAACAUUUUCCACCGGAUGUGACCCGAGGCUCUCUGCGAAUGUUGACAUGACAAAUCAUCAUUUAAACUGACCCUUCUGUCUCCACUCUGCCACUUCACUAUUUAAUCGAAACAGAUUACAAAAUGAUAAUUCAAGUUGACAGCAUUUUAUUUGGUGUACUACUUUACUGCUCAUGCUGGGUGCAUGUAUUUAGCCAUAUUAAUCAAGGGUACCCACCAGGUGUACCUCCUUCAACUGGUGUUCCACAACAAAUGCAGUAUCAGCAGCAGCCUCCACAGUACCAACAGGCCCCUGGUAACCAGCAGUACCAACAGCCCCCUGGUAAUCAACAGUACCAACAACCACCCUCUGGUAACCAGCAGUACCAACAACCACCCUCUGGUAACCAGCAGUACCAACAACCUCCCUCCAACCAACAGCACCAGCAGCACCCCCCUGGUAACCAGCAGUACCAACAACAACAACAACCACCGCCACAAGGGUCACAUGGACAUGGACAUGGUCAUGGUCAUAAUUUCAAAGAAGAAUCACAUGAUCAAGCACAUAUAGCUGAGCAUUUGAAAGAUUAUGCUCACAAACCUGUUGACCAAAUGACAAAUGAAGAAAUGGAGUUUCACUACUUUAAACUGCAUGAUUAUGAUGACAAUAAUAAACUAGAUGGAAAUGAAAUUACUUCAGCGAUAACUCACUUCCAAAGAGAAGACCAUCAAGAUGCAAAUGAGGCAGCAGCUCGAACAAUGUCAGAUACUGAGAUAUCAGAUAUUGUUGAUAUGGUAUUAAAAGAAGAUGACCUAAAUAACGAUGGGUAUGUUGAAUACUCGGAGUUUGCAACAGCCCAACGGAGGGCGAAAGCCAAUAUGGCAAAAAAUGAAGCCCAUAAAUAACAGUUCAUAUUCAGAUCAUUUCCAACUAUUUUGUAAAUUAAAAACAAAUGAGUUGUUUCAUCUAAAA